GCUUGGAGAAGGGAAGAUGCGCUGGUUUCCGCUCUCUGUGUUACUAUUACUGGCCUGCUCGCUUUAUCGCGCCAGUGGUCAUAACAACGGCGUCAGGAAAACGAAAAUGCAGUUUGCAGCCGGUCCGCUUCUUAAAUUUCAAAUCUGUAUCUCCUGAGGGUACAAGCGGGUGUUUGAGGAGUACACGCAGGCCUUAUCCCAGCGGUACCCAGACAUCCGCAUCGAGGGGGAGAAUUAUCUCCCGCUGCCUAUUUACAGGCAUGUCGCUUCCUUUCUGUCCAUUUUCAAACUGUUCCUGAUCGGGCUGAUCGUCGUAGGCAAGGAUCCAUUUGCGCUUUUCGGCAUGCAGCCACCACGACUUUGGACUUGGAGUCAAGAGAACAAGAUCUACGCCUGCAUGAUGGUGUUCUUCUUCAGCAACAUGCUUGAAAACCAGUGCAUGUCGACGGGGGCAUUUGAAAUCACGUUCAACGAUGUUCCCGUGUGGUCAAAGCUGGAGUCGGGCCACCUUCCCUCCAUGCAGCAGCUGGUGCAGAUUCUGGAGAACGAGAUGAAGAUGAACAGACUUCCACAAUAUCACUCUUAACCCAGAUCUCCAGUUCCUUCCAAGUUUAUGGUGCGACUCUCCUGCGGUCGUGAGGUGAUGUUUUAUGAAGGUCUGCGCUGAAAGUAGUCCUGCUACCGGUGCAGGCUGGAUGCUCCGCCCACUGCUUGCCGCCACGCCCCUCCGGAGAGGCUCCGCCCCAGUCCAGACACAAACCCUCUGUGGCCAUUUAUUCCUACUGAAUCCCACAUGCAGUGCAAUAACGGUUCACUUCAGGAUUGAUGCAUAAGCAGUAUGUUUUAAUAAGAGAUUUACAUAGUUCCUGUAUCUGCCUGUAAAUGUUACUUUCUUUAAUCAUAGAUUGUUAUAAAGUUAACACAAAAGUUUAACUUUCUUAACUUGUGCAAAUCAUGGUUAUUUAAUAUUUGUCAGUUGUUUGACUGAUCUGUUAAUUUUUUUUAAAAUUUUUUAUUAGCUAAACAUGUUAAGGAUAAUAAAAUGAAUCAUAACAAA